GGUGAGCAAGGACGCAGACUUUGCAGCUCCCUCCGACACCAUUGUUGUAUUAUUGGCUUCUGAAGUUGUUGUUUUUUAUUUUGUCGACGGUUCAAAUAUGUCUACUGCUGAACACCAGGAAAGCGAUUGCAACAAACUGGAGUCUGUGAUACAGAGGCUGGAGGAGAGUGUUUUGUCCGAGGAGAAGAGGCUGACCGUGCGGGGACCCUCGCCGGAUGCGCCACCUACAUGUCUACCGGCCAGAGUUCGGGAGAUUGUAACCAAGAACCUUAACGAAAGCUCUCCAGGGGCAAUGUCCUCGCUCAUGUCUCUCCAGGAGGAGAACCGAAUCCUGCAGGGAGAGCUGGCCAAGCUGGAGGACCUGUUGUCCCACAGCAGAGCAGACCGGGAUGAGCUGGCCAUCAAGUACAGCGCAAUCAGCGAGAGGUUGGAGAAGGCCCUAUGUUUCGACUCGGGGGACGGCGACUGCGAUUCCUCCGAGUCUCGCAGCCUGGCUCAGCAGAACAUUGAUCUCCGCAGGCGGCUGGAUGAGGAGCAAGCAGCCUAUAAGAGAAAGCUCACCGCCUAUCAGGAGGGCCAGCAGAGGCAGGCGCAGCUCGUGCAGAAGUUGCAGGCGAAGGUGCUGCAGUACAAAAAGAGGUGCGGAGAUCUGGAGCAGAUGCUGCAGCAGAAGUCGUCAGUGUUUGAGAAACCCGGGCUGAGUGAUUCCAGUGAAGCAUCAAAUGGUCGCCAUCAAGACGAAUCCAGCAGCAACCUGGAGGAUGCUUUAAUCCGUCUGGAAGAAGAGCAACAGAGGAGCAGCAGUUUGUCUGCGGUGAACGCCAUGCUGAGGGAGCAGUUGGAGCAGGCCGGUUUGGCCAACGAGGCGCUAAGUCAGGACAUCCGCAGGCUCACCAUUGACUGGACCAAAGCCAGAGAAGAGCUGGAGCAGAAGGAGUUUGACUGGAGGAAAGAGGAAGAGUCUUUCCAUAGCUACUUCAGCAGUGAGCACGGACGCCUGCUUGCUCUGUGGCGACAAGUGGUCGGCUUCCGGAGGCACAUGUGUGAACUAAAGAGUACCACUGAGAGAGACUUGUCAGACAUGCGUAACGACCUGUCCCGAGCGUCGCACUGCGCUCAUGUAUCGUGCACAUCUUUGUGCGCGACGCUGCACAGUCGAGAGAAGACAACGGCGCUAGCCCUGGACCGUGAGAAAGCUCUGCGGGUCCAAAUGGAGCAGCAACUCAGUGAUCGAGUGUCGGAGAUGAUGAGCCUUCAGGCGAGAACGGACACAGAGAGAUGCGAGAUCAACGUCAGGCUGUCUGAGUCAGUGCGUGAAGGUGAAAGACUGAAGGGACAAAUAGAGGAGAAAGAGCGAGAACUUGUCCUCCUCUCCAGGAGGUUGGAGGAGCAGAGCAGCAAUGACGGGAGCGACCUGCAGCUGAUGAGAGCUCACACUGAGACACUACUGGACACUCUGCGGGACAUAGCUCAGACGGUUUUAUCAGAUGCAGAGUCGUCGUCGGAGGCAGACCAGGACAACUCCGCCGCUCCGCUGCUGGCCUUCAUCCACAGCCCGUCCCCCAGCGCUGCUUCUCAGAGGUCAGCCUCCCCCCCGAGGCUCACCUCUCUGUUUGCUCUCCCGGAGGCCACGCUGUCGGCGCUACGCUCGGCGGUCACAAACAAGACUCUCCAGCUGCAGGACGCUCGGGGGCGUUUGCUCUCUGCCCAGUCCUCCAUACAGCAUUUACGAAAGCAGCUCGCCGAAGCUGAUUUAGCCAAAAGGGAAGCAGACCAACGCAAUCAGAUGCUGCAGAGAGAGCGAGAUGCCGCCCAAAGGGACAGAGAGACCACACAACGGGAAAAAGACCGCCUUCGGCAGGAAAGAGACACUCUGGCCAGUGACAAAGUCAGCCUGGAAAAGAGCGUGCAGGCGGCACAAAGCGGCAAGCAGAACCUUCAGAUGGACUGCGAGAAGCUGCAGCUGACUCUGACGUCCAUGCAGCGGGAGAAAGACCACCAGAGGGAGGAGAAAGAGGCCGCCAUCCAGGAAAGGGACCGGGCCAAGGCCGAGGUGCAGAGGAUCCAGAAGCAUUGGGACCUGAGCGAAAGCCGAGCCUCAGUCCAGCGUGGCGAGCUGUCUGCAGUGAGGGAGACUCACCAGCAGGGAGAGGUUGAGAGGCAGCUGCUGGAGAGGGAGAAAGCCCAACUUUCUGAAGCACUUACCAGGGCCGAGAGCAGUAAUGCAGAACUUUCUCUGCUGGUCAAUAAGCUCCAGUCUGAAGACGCAGCACUCAGGGACUCUUUAGCCAAAAUGGGCAGCAUGAAUGAGGCGCUGUCCCAAGACAAAGUGGACCUGAACAGCUACAUCCUCCAGCUGGAGGAAGAGAAGACGCUGCUGCAUGCUCAGAAACGCGAGGCCGAGCAGGAGAAGCUGACCAUCAGGGAUGAGCUGGUGCGGUUGGAGCAGGACCGGAUGGAGCUGGACUCUGCCCGCAUCACUUUGCGUCAAUCCCUGCAGGACACGGAGCUGAGCCGCGUGGGAAUGGAGGCGGAGCUCCAGAGUCUCCGAACGGAGAGGCUCAAGCUGCAAGAGAGAAUCCCACAGCUGUGUGCAGACGUAACCUCCUUGGGUUCCGAGUUAAGCCUCGCCAGAGGAGAGUGCCAACGCAACGAAGCAGUCCUGGAGGAGGUCAGUCGCGCACGGGCGGAACUGGCCCGAGACAAAGCAUCACUUCUUGUCCAGCUGACUGCGUCCGAGAGAGACAACAGCGCACUGUCAGAAGAACUGGCCGCUUACAGGUCCGAACGCGAGUCUCUGGAGAACAGCCUUUUUGAGUUGCAGCAGCAGCUCGCUCAGGUGGAAUCCCACAAGGAGCAGCUGGAAUCAAACAACCAAAAACUGAGAGUGCAGUGUGACACGGCAACAGCUGAGCUGCGGCGUACUCGCUCUGACGUUGAGAGCGCAUUGACCCAGCUGGAUAAGGAGAAACAAGCGCUGACUCAGACCCUGAAUGCAGCACAGCUGGAGGCCCAGCAGGUUUUGCGCAAGGCCAUCUGCGAACAUCAGGAGGAGGUGGAGAAGCUUGUCUCAGAAAAGGAGGUCCUGCGACAGAGUCUCACAGCAUCCCAUGGCGGCGCUCUGAGGAAGCUGAGGCAGGAGGUGGAUGAUGAGCUGCAUAAAGCACAGAGAGAGAGGGAGGAGCUGCAGAGCCAGCUGAGGACUCUGCAGCAUGAUCGAGAUCAGAGUCUCCUACAGGCCGAAACGGAGAAGCAACAGUCUCUGUCUCUGAAGGAGGCAGAGAAAGCGGCGCUGUGCGACAGAGUGUCCAGUCUGCAGGCCGAGCUGGCGGCUGCCGCCCUCGAUUUCGAGCGCAAAGCCCGAGCGGCGGCUCUCUGCAAAGAACAAGAGCAGGCCAGAGUCGGUGCUCUAACCAGCGAGCUGCAGGAGAUUCGCUCUCGGCUUGAGGACGCGUCGUCUCUUCACGAAAGGGAACUUCACAGUCUGCGAGAGAAUCUGAGUGACUUUGAGUCCCGCGCUGACACUGCUGCCAAAGAGCUGGACAAGUGCAAGGCUUCUCUCGCAGCCAGCGAGGAGAGCCGAGAUCAGCUCAGACGAGACAUCCUGGAGGCGGAGCGUCGUCUCAACCAAGCUCAGGACGAGGCUGAAAAUUACCGGAGGGAAGGGACAGAAGUGCGCCGCAGCCUGAGUGACGUCUCCAAGGAGAGAGAUGCCCUCAGCCUCUCCAACGCUCAACUGAGGGAAAGUCUUCGAGGGGCAGAGACUGAGAGGAUCAGUGUGAAGCGACAGUGCGAAGAGAAGGAGCAGAGGCUGACUGUGCUGCAGGAGAAUUUUUCCUGCGCUCAGAAGGAGGUGACAGAGCUGCGCAGCUGCCUGAGGGAGGUUGAAAGGUCACGACUGGAGGCCCGACGAGAACUCCAGGAGCUGCGCAGACAGCUGAAGGUUCUGGAUGGAGAGAAGGAUCAGAAAGAGAGGGAGGUGGCCGAGCUGCAGACUCGCUUGUCCCUGGAGGAGCAGAGAGAGCAGGAGAGAGGGAAGGAGCUUUUUAUCUUCAAGCAGAAGUUAACUGAAGCAGAAGCAGCUGGAGACUCUCUCAAAAGAGAGCUCUCCCUGCUUCAGAAGCAGCUUGCCGAGUCCGAGUCAGGCUGGCGGCACUGCGAGAGAGAACUGACGGCUCAGCUCCAAGACGCUCGAGGUGGCGAGAAGAAGCUGCAGGACGAGGCCAAGAACCUGGCCCUGCGCGCUCAGGCCGCCCAGGACUCGGCCAGUGCGUAUAGCCUGCAGCUGAGCGAGGCACAGGGCCGCCUGGCAGGUACAGAGGCCGAGCUAGCGCGGGCCGAGGUCUGCAGGAGGGACCUGGAGUUCCGCCUGAGUGGCCUCCAGUCGACACUGACCAGAACGCUUGGAAUUGGAGCGAGAGGGGUCAGGGGGCGGAGCCCGGCAGGGAGCUCUGCAUCACCUGGCCCCAUGUCACGCCAUCACAGCAUUUCACCCCUACGCUCUUCUCUGUCCCCCCCUAAAGAAUUCCACACCAGCACCCCUGACAACACUUUGGGCUCCAGAGCUGUGUCUCCUGAGAGAGGGGACACACCUCUGCCUCUCUCACCCCCUCAGGCAGAGCUGGACACUGACACUCUGAGAAGUGGUCUCAAGGACUUCCUCCAGGAGCUCCGCGAUGCACACAGAGAGCGGGACGAAGCCCUGCGCCAGAUGGGGGCUCUGCAGCACGAGGUAGACCAGCUGCGGGUGGACGGAGACUUGGCACAGUGCCGCCUCACUCUGCUGCAGAAGACCGUACAAGAACACCAAGAAGGUAAACGAGGGCUGGAUGAGCGCCUGACGCACACUCAGCUGCAGCUCCAUCAGCAGGAGGAGGCUGCCAGGAGAGGCGACCGAGAGAGGAGAGCGCUCGCCGAGCAGGUGAAGGAGCUGGAGCGUGUGCUGCAGGCCUGCGAGAAGGAGAAGCAACACAUGCAGGAUAAACUGGACAAGCAGCGAGCUGUCGAGGUGCGUCUGGAAGCUGAGAGGAGGCGCCUGCGGGAGGCGCUGGAGUCGGCCGAAACGCGGGCCACCAGGGUGGAGGUAGGCAGGCGGAGUCUGGAGGGCGAGCUGCAAAGACUGAGACUGAGCCUGGGGGACCGGGAGGUCGAGAGCCAGGCCUCGCAUGAUCGUCAUGAUACUCUGCUGAAACAGGUAGCAGACGGAGAAGCCAGAGUGUCGCUGCUUCUACGGGAGGUGGACCGUCUGAGUCAGGCUCUGCUCAAAGCGGAAGAAAACGAAGCUCUGCUGCGAGAGAAGAACACCUGCCUUAAUCAGAGCCUGCAGGAGUUGGUGGCCGCUCACGGCGCCACUCAGAGUCGCCUGACUUCUCUGCAGAACACUUUGAGCAUGACGGAGCAGGAGAAACAGCACCUGCAGGAGCGAAUCGACGAGUCACGGGGGUCGCUGGCCGAAGCGAGACGCAACAUGGCCGCCCUGAACGAGCGCAUGCACGAUGUGCAGAGCGAGCUGAAUCACAGCGAGCUGCAAUGUGAAGAACUGGCGACAGAGGUCACCAAGGCCCAAGAGGCUCUGCGUCAGCGUACGGCCAGCCUCACCGAGGCCCAGCGCGGCGCCCAGACGGCUCAGACGGAGCGGGCUGCCAUGGAGGAGCGCCUUCGGGGGCUGCAGAGGGCCGUCGCUAUGCUGGAGACGGAGAAGAAGGAUGCCGAGAGGCAGGCUGUGAGGCUGGAGAAGGAUAAGAAUGCCUUGAGGAACACACUUGAUAAGGUUGAGCGUCAGAAGCUGAAGAGCGAGGAGGGCAGCAUGCGUCUUUCUGCCGAAAGAAACCGCCUGGAUCGCUCGCUGAACACAACAGAACAGGAGCUGCAGGAAGCCCAGCAGCAGAUCCUCAUGCUGCAGACGCAGAUGGCUGACAUGGAACAGUCGCAAAGCGUAUGUGAGAGUUUGGCCAGGCAGCGCGAUGACACUCAGCAGGAGGCCGAGAGGCUGAGAGCCAGCUUCAGGGACCUGGAGAGGACUCUGGGCUCCAGGGAGCGCACACACAGGCACAGGGUCAAAGGUCUGGAGGAGCAGGUGUCCACGUUGAAGGAUCAGCUGCAACAGGAGAUGAAACGACGUCAGCCUUCACUUCCCUCCUCCUUCUUGUCCACCACCAGCUGAGAGGUGACCACCAAGAAGGCAAGAUGUCCUGAAACUUGCUUAUAUAACCCUAACUUCUAUAUGACGUUACGUAAACGAGACACCAUUUUAGUGCUUUGGUAUGAAUGUAAAGUAAUAUUUUUGUAUUUGGCUUUCCCAUGCAUUUUUUUUAUUUAGCUGCUAUGUCGUCUUAUUCUCUGGCAGACCAGGUGCAUUAAAAACAAAGUUAUGCCAUCUACUGAACGGGUUUGGAAUGACGAGCUACAUUCACUACUACAGUCCCAAUAUGUGUUUAUGUAGUGCCAAAUCUAUUUGUGGCGGUCCAAAUUGCAUUGGAAAAUACUGGUAAAAGGGAAGUGAAGGCUGACGUCGUUUCAGUAAAAACAACAACUUUAUUAUUACCUCUGUCUUCAUAGUGAACACUUUAACAAAGCAGUAGUAGCGCUGAUCAAAGCAUUUUGGUAGAAAAAGCUUCUUUAUCUUCUGCUUUUUGGAAAAGGACACCAUAGUACAGUACAAAUACAAAGCCAUUUAAUAGGGUGAGAAAGUGGGGGGCCUGUAAUACACAGCACCAGUGUGAUGGUUUAUAGCACCAUUGGUUUGUACAAUCAUCACGCUUCUUUGGAGUAUAAUCAAACAUACACACGGGCUCAUACAUGUACAAGUACAAGACGUUGUAGGACAUCAUCAUCAUCGGCAGCAUCAGCACCCGCCGCCGCAGCUCUUCCCGCAGCUUCCUCCCACCGACCCACAGUGGCCGCUCACCGCCGCCACGCCACAGCGGGAGAACUGGUCCCGACACAGGUCCGCUGAACGCGGUCAAAGAACACAUUAUGGGCUUGAUAUAACGCCACCAAAAACAACUCACAUGCCAGAAUCCUAAGGACAAAAAAUGUCCACAAUAUUUUUGAUGCUUUUUUCCAUAUUCACAGUGAAUCUUUCAAAAUGUUUUCAGCCUGAAACAGACUUUUCAAAAAUUACAUUUUAUUUUUUUAACUUUUUAAGGUCCGGCAUGUUUACAGGACCACCGUUUUUAUAAUAAAAACGGGUCUCUGUUGUGGUAUUUUAGGCUCCAUAUUGCGCCACACAUUUUCAAUGGGAGACAGGACUGGACUACAGGCAGGCCAGUCUAGUACCCACACUCUUUUACUAUGAAGCCACGCUGUUGUAACACGUGGCUUGGUCUAUAUCUUGCUGAAAUAAGCAGGGGCGUCCAUGAUAACAUUGCUUGGAUGUCAACAUAUGUUGCUCCAAAACCUGUAUGUACCUUUCAGCAUUAAUGGUGCCUUCACAGAUGUGUAAGUUACCCAUGCCAUCCUAAGGACAAAAAAUGUCCGCUUCCCAAAAAUAUCCACAAUAUUUUUUAUGGUUUUUUUUCCAUAUUCACAGUGAAUCUUUCAAAACUUUUUUAACCUGAAACAGACUUAUCAAAAAUUAUAUUUUAUGUUUUUAACUUUUUAAGGUCAGGCAUGUUUACAGGACCACCGUUUUUAUAAUAAGAAAACAUACAUUUAUAAUAUGAUUGUGUGGGUAUUUUAUUAAGUAAUACAAUAUUUUGACAAUGAAUAAUAAAAACAUGCUGACUUAAAACAGCUGUAAAGAUAUUAUAUUAUACCGUAAAUUAAUUAUUCCUACUUUAAACAAGUCAGUCUCACAGAACUACAUUAGCCUACAAUAUGCAAGUAAUCAUCAUAUUUUGGGAAUUUUAACUCUUUAAAGCUUUCCAGUUUUUUAAUUGAAAAAAAGCUAAAAUAAAAGUACACACUUUUUUAAAAUCAUUUCAGUUGCAGAAAAUGGCAAAAGUUGUCAAUUUUGUUGCAUGCUUUAAAUGGGAAAAAAUAGUGCCACCUGGUGGACAAAUAUUGUUUUGUUUUAUUUGAAAGCCAGUAGACCAAAUUAAAAUAUUAACAUUAGUUAACUUUAGUUGAAUAAAAGUAGUCAAACAAGCAUUAUCAACUGGAUAUUUUUGGUUGCAAGAAACAAAUGUGUUAGUUUCUGUGUAGUGUUGCCAUUUUAACAUUAUUUAAAGGAAUAGAGAUGACAAUUCUAAAAACAUUUUAAAAAUGCAUAUCCUCAAAUUGUAAAAUUACAUUAAUAUUACUUCAACACAGCCAGAGUUUAUAGCGAAAAAAUUUGAUCCGGCACAAAAUUUUCCUAAGGGUCUCUUUAGCGUUUUUCUAAUCGUAGCAGAGCGCCACCUGUUGGUUGGGUUGUGUACUGCAUGAAUUGUCAGCUUUGCUGUUACAACUCUGAUGCAGAAACACUGCAGGAUGUCAGGAUUGUGUUGAACUCACCCCUGAGCAGCUCCUCGUGAGCACACACGGUCCUCACACACACCUCCCUGUUGAUGACGUACACCCGUCUCAAACUGCAACACAACAAGGUGAAGCCAUAAAGCAAUUAUUAUAUUCAUUUAAAAAAACACAGCAUUCAUGACCAAAGUGUACACCAUCAUAAAUGACUAAUGUAUAUUUUGCACAUGACAUUUGUCCUGCAUUUUCCUCUUAGAAAUUAACCACAUUAUGUGCACUAGCUGUUCUUAUUUGUCAUUGUUUUAGAAAUGCUGUUCAUGCAAUUAGCUAAAAUGACCACAAAAACAAUUGUUGCGUCAAGCUUUUUUUAUUUUUUUUUACUUUUAUUUUUUUUAUGGUGGAAAGUACACUUUGUAAUUUCAACAACAGUAAACAAACGAAAAGGCAAACGUCUAAAUCACAAGCGUUGAGUCACACUCUGUACUCGCUUUAACGCAGCCUGAUGGCUUCUAGCCUCACGUUUGUUUUGUUUAUGUAAGCAUGAUGAGGAUAUUGUUAUUAUUAUUAUAAGUAUCAUUACAAGGAGAAAAAACAAACCAGCAAAGAAAGACAAUGGUAAUAAUAAAUACAAAUAAAAGUUAAAAGUUAUUCAAUGUAAUACAAGAAAUACAUAUAUUGUACUGGUAUGUCAUUUAAAAAACUAUGUACAAACAUUGUAUUGAAAAACAGUGAAGUGAGUUUUUGUUAAGCUUAUUCUGUAAAAUAAAUAGUGAAAACAUCCCCUCAAUAAUAAAAUAAUAGUAUAAAUAACGUGGAAUGUAUAUAUAACCUGUAUAUCAGACUAAACGAUAGUACGUUUUAUUAAACUGUUCCUAAUAAAGUGUCCAGUGUUUGUGUAUGUUGUCGUUAUUAUUAUUAUUAUUGUUGUUAUUCUGCAUCCUGCAAAAAUUUAGCCUUUUUAUUAUUUGUUUUACUUGAAAUAUUUUGACCAACAUUAAAGUAUCAAAUGAGGUCUUUAAAAAUGAAAAUGCCUUACUGUAGAACCUGUUCAAGUCAAUGCUGCUUAUGUUGACAACUUAUCAAGUAUCGACAUGCAAGCUUUUGUCCACAUCAGUCUGUUUGUGUGUUGUAGUAUUGUCUACUUCACAGGUGUCAAACUCAAGGCCCAGGGGCCAGAUGUGGCCCGCCACUUCAUUUUAUUUGGCCCUCGAAAGCCUGCAAAUAUGUAUCAAAGUACUGUAACUUUUCUUACUAAAUGUAUUAUUUCUUUAAAAAUAUAUGCACUCCAUGUUAACUUAAAUAUUGUCUAAUAAUGCAAAAAUGUAUUAUCAAACAUUCAAACCAUUUUUUAAAUAGAAAUAAAUACUAAUAAUGAUUUCAAAGCAAGUUAUCCAUCAAUUGGUGCAAUGUAAAAGUAGCAAUAGAUUUCAUGGUAAAAUUGUGAAAUUUACUGUGGUUUUUACAGCAUUUUUCUCUAAAUGGGAAAAAAAACCCUGCUUUUUUUACUGUAAUAAAGUGUGGUUUCGUUUUGGCAUUUACAGUAAUACACCGAAAAAUCUACAGUUGUUGAUGUGCGGUAAAAAACAGACAGCUCAGGUGCCAAAAUUUUACUGUAAAAUUGCAGUUUUUUUAUUGACCGUAAAAAAAAACGAAUGUAAAUUAUGCAGUAAAAUUUUGGCAACUGAGCUGUCUUUUUUUUUUUACCAUAAAAACAGACUGUUUUUUCAUUUACAGUAAUAUACACCAAAUUUUGAGGUGAAAUUAUGGCAACUUACCAUAUAUUUUUUUACAUUUUAGUUUUAAAAAAAAAAACAACUAAUAAAAUGCAUUGUGUAAUAAUAGUAUUCACUGCUAGAAGCUGCCAAACAUAACUGUGAUGUGGCCCUCAGUGAAAACGACUUUGAAACCUCUGGUCUACUUCAUCGAUAUCGCAAAGCAGCAGCACAAAUUACUGUCUCGUUACACAACAGUAAAACAAAAACACAGUGGCUUCCUGUUCAGUGCAAAUAAAGUUUCAAAAUAAAAGCAUGGCCGUAUUUAGCUGUAUUCUACCACACCAACUAACAAAAUGGUACCAAUUUUUUUUUUUUUAAUUGUUAGCCACCAUAACGAAGAUUUGCGCAUACUUAUAAGGUAUAACGUCAAUGUGCAAGCAAAGGUUUUUGCUUAUGUGGACCUCAGUCAGCCGGUCCAAAGGGCCUCGACUUAAACGAGUUCCACUCUAGUAACCUAAAUAGAAGACAACCCCUUUUUCAGGACCAUUUAUAUGUUUUCACUUCAGUGUUGUUUGCUAACAACUAGGGGUGUCCCAAUCCAAUAUUACUAUUAGGAGCUAGCAGCUACACAACAGCUAAGCACACAACAUUUGUCAAUAUAAACAAAUAGGGGUGUCCUGAUCUGAUAUUGAUAUCUGAUAUCUGUCUGAUAUCAGAUGUAAAGCAAGAAUUGGAUGAUAUCAGCUUGCAUCCAAAAUAUUCGAUAUAAGCUCCAAUACAGCCCAUUUACUUCUAAAUAUAUUCCAAUAAUCACACAAGGUUGGUCUUUUUUUGUAUUUUAGUCCAGUCAUUUACAGAAGAUAAACAUGGUAGGCUAUAGGCUACUUGGAGCUAGCAGCUACACAACAGCUAAGCACACAAUAGCACACAAGCUAGAUACUACUCAGUGGCCUAGUGGUUAGAGUGUCCGCCCUGAGAUCGGUAGGUUGUGAGUUCAAACCCCGGCCGAGUCAUACCAAAGACUAUAAAAAUGGGACCCAUUUACCUCCCUGCUUGGCACUCAGCAUCAAGGGUUGGAAUUGGGGGUUAAAUCACCAAAAAUGAUUCCCGGGCGCGGCACCGCUGCUGCCCACUGCUCCCCUCACCUCCCAGGGGGUGAACAAGGGGAUGGGUCAAAUGCAGAGGACAAAUUUCACCACACCUGGUGUGUGUGUGACAAUCAUUGGUACUUUAACUUAACUUAACAUGUAACACAUGUCUUUCAUUGAACAAUAUUGCAGUCUAAAACAGCACAUUUGUCAACAUAAACAAAUAUCAAAUAAUUAUACUUGUAUAUUACACACACAGAGUCUCCAAGGCAGAAGUGUGUUAGAUUGUACCCAGUAACAAACAGGUCUGCAUCUGGUAACUGGUCUUUUAUUGUAUUUUAGUCCAAUCAUUUACAAAAUGUAAACAUGGUAGGCUAUAGGCUACUAUGAGCUAGCACAGACCUGGGCAUUGUACGGCCCGCGGGCCGCAUCCGGCCCUUUGCGCAUCCCUGUCCGGCCCGCGUGAGGCCAAUCAUAAAUUAC